AUGACUGCUGGGGAGAGUGCAGGAGAUGCUGCUUCCCCUCCUCCUUACAUAAUACCAGUGGAAAGUCAAACUGAAACAGUGAAGGUUUACCAUGUGCACACACCCUUCAAUCCACCUACCUCCACCAUAGACGACAACCCCUACGAAAACCAGUCAUCCAUACCUGUGUACAGCAGCUCUUCCCCACCUAAGAAGUUUGUCAGCUACGAGACUGAACUGGGACGAUCCCCUGGGAUGACUACCUGCACGUCAUGCCAGCAACAAGUCAUGACCAAUGUCACCUACAAAAUUGGGGCUUACGCUUGGCUAAUGUGCUUCCUCUUCAUUUUAUGUGGAUUGGUUGUUGGCUGCUGUCUCAUCCCAUUUUUUGUCAAACACUUCAAAGAUGUCUACCACUCUUGCCCAAGGUGCAAUAGAAUUCUUGACAUUAAGAAGACCUGCUGCUGA